UUCUUUUUUAGUUCGUAUCAAAAUGAAAGACCUCUUUCCUAAUUUGGAAAUAAAUUCACUUUAUGAAAUGAUUUACAGCCACACAAAUAUUCAAGACUUAUUUUGAACCACAAGUUUUAAAAGUCUUCACUCUUUUUUAAAUGUCGUGUCCAAUCAAAUGGGUUCACAUAAAUUGAAACGGAGGGAGUAUUUUUUUGAUAACUAAUUGUAGUAUUAUUUACCAAGUGAGCUGUAUGUACAAAAACUCAGACUGAUUCACGGACAGGGAGCCCCAUGAUAUCAGUGACCUAUGAUCGUAUCAAAGCUAGCACAUUACAAGUAAGUGUUCAAUUGCAUAACUCUACUAGCUAACUUAGGCUUCAUGGUUCCUCGACAUAUAACUUCUUGGAUUAUCAACUUUGUUAGCACAUCAACUGUCCUCAUUUUCUGUUGAAAGAUUCUGCAAUUCCUUUCAUGCCAUACCAUAUAAAUGCAACCAGCCAAUGUCACCCUGUACAUCUCAUCUUUAGAGUUCUUGCCAUUAGCAUACAAUCUUUGCCAUUCUUGUUCAUCCUUCCAUGCCAGGACUGGUCUUGAGUACCAAUGCUAUUGGAGCAGCUUUCCCUAGAUUGCAGUAGACAGUGGACAUUUGAAAAAUAAAUGUUCAGCUGACUCAGUUUCCAAACCACACAUAGCACACUCAGCAUCAUCAAUAACCCCUCAUUUGAGUAACCUGUCCCUGGUGUAUAGCUUUCCCUGUAUUGCUAGGUAUGAGAUGAAGAUCCACUUAGGGGCCCCUUGGUUAUUACAUAUCAUCUUCCUCCAUGGAACUUUGGCAAAAUCUCCUCUGAGCUUGUUGUACGUGAAUUUGAUGGAGAAGCUGUCCAACUGAGUGCCAUUAAUUCCACUCUCUUCAAACUGCCUUUUUGCUUUGAAAAUUUUCUGCAUUAUCCAAGAAGCUUGUUUUGGCAUCUCAUCUAUUGGCUGGUCCUUAAUGGCAUUAUCUCGUCUUUUUAUAAUUAAUAUUAUUAAUUGGUUUUCCUAAUGAGAAACAAAACCUUAAAGAGACACUUAUUAUUGACCGAAGGAAUUGUAUUAAGUAGUACUCCUCCGACCGAACUUAUGAUGGAUUGGGCACGAAAUUUAAGAAAAAAAGAUAUAUUUUUGAAACUUAUAGCAUGAAACGAAUCUUAAACGUUUGUGUUGAUAUAAAUUAUUUCAUUAAGAGUAAAAUAAAAAUAAUUUAAAUAUAGAAACAUAACAAUCCUUUUGGGACUAAUUAAAAAGAAAAGUGGGUCAAAUCAAUUGGAAGAGAGAGAGAGUGUGUGUACUAUGUUACGUUGGAGUUCUAAACCAAUGAUGUGUAGUUUUUGCCGAACAACGAUAAUAAUAUGUUAAAAGAAAAGAACAAAAUAUCUAUAUUGCAUGAAUUACAUGCAAUAUAUGAGUUUAAACUAACUCCAAUCUAACUGGCACUAACAACAUUCAAAGAAAAAAUGUCCCAUAAGUUGGAAUAGAGAGAGUAAUAUAUAACAUUGUAACCCCACCACCUUUUGUUUAUAGGGAAAAUAUUGUACCUACUAUGUAAUGCCUCUGACAACUAUGUUCCUAUAUAUAGUAAUGUGUAAUAAUAGAAGAGAAUUAACAAUUUUGUCAAAAUGACAUCCAAAGAAGUGAAAAUUCCCACAAUAGAUUUUUGCAAGGUAGAGCUAAAACCAGACACUACACAUUGGCACUUAACAAAAGCUCAAGUUUUUCAAGCUUUGCAAGAAUAUGGUUGCUUUGAAGCAAUAUAUGAUAAUGUUCCAAGUGAAAUUAGGGAAUCCAUGUUUGGUACUUUAAAAGAAAUAUUUGAAUUUCCAUUGGAGACCAAACUGAAAAAUUUAUCAGAUAAACCAUUGCAAGGCUACUUAGGACAGAUUCCACACUUACCAUUGUAUGAAAGUGUGUCAAUAUCUGACUUGCUCCAAUCUCAAAGUGUUGAAAUGUUUGCCAAUAUCUUUUGGCCUCAUGAUGGAAAUCCCGACCGUUGCAAUGUGGUAAAGUCCUACUCAAAGUCACCUGUGGAAUUGGAUAAAAUUGUAAAAAGGAUGGUUUUGGAGACCCUGGGGCUAAAAAAAUAUGUUAAAGAUGAAUUCUUGGAGCCCAACGAUUUCUAUUUGAGAUUUAGCCAUUACCAGGCACCUCAAGGUGAAGAUAGAAAUAAAAUUGGAUUGAGUGGCCACACGGAUGUUACUAUUUUGUCCAUAAUAUCACAAAAUCAAGUAAAUGGAUUGCAAGUUCUCAACAAAAAUGGAGAUCAGUGGAUUGAUGUCAACAUUGCACCAAAUUCCUUCCUUGUUUUGUCUGGAGACGCCUUCAUGGCAUGGACAAAUGGUCGAGUGCAUUCUCCUAUUCAUAGGGUAACAAUGGCAGGAGACGGUGAUAGAUUCUCUAUUCAGUUAUCGUCACUACCAAAAGUAGAUUGCACCAUAGAGGCCCCAAAAGAACUUGUGGACCAAGAACCUCCUUUACUUUUCAAGCCUUAUGAAAGUGUUGGAUAUUUUAAAUAUGUUAUGUCAGAAGCUGGCAAUAGAGCAGGCAUUGGUGUUUUCAAGUCUUAUUGUGGUGUUUGAAUUGUUAGUAUCCAAGCUUAUACGUAAUUUUC